GCUUUUGAACUAUCAAAUCCAAAAUUGUUAAUUGGAAUGUAUCACCAAGAAAAUUUCUCAGUAAUAAUUAAAACGGCAACCAUGUACGCAAUUAACUCCAACUAUGAAAACUGUGCUAUCAUAAUUGCGCUAAGAGUAAAACAGCUGCUUACUUCAAUUAAUUAAUAAUAAUAGUAAGACUGCAUUUUUUCGUUAAAAAUUUUCUAAAUUCUAAAUUAUACAGAGUGAAAUCGGGAAUUGGGGAUGACUGUUCUACGUCAUGUUUACCAAUGUAUGUACAAAAUACCAGGAAGUAUAAACGCCCAUUUAGUUAGUACAUGUACUGCGCGCCUAAGCAAUGAACUUAAACGUUCCGUAUGGGGUUUCGUAGCAAUUGCUUUCAAUCGAGUAGAUAUGGACCGAUUGAUGAAAGUCGGACCCAAUCGCUUAUGUGCCGAAUGGCUACUAAAGAACGGCGGAGCCAUACGUACUAAAGGGAAUCCCGAUAUUUUGCUUAAGAAUUAUAAUUUAUUGCCGCCCGAAAGCGACAAAUUUCUUAUCAAAGUAGCAGACGCAACCGGAUCGUCGAUCAUGAAAAUUGGAUUACAGCAUUUCAACGGAUGUAAACAUAUUGACACAGUCAUAAUUCAUAGUUGCCGACAUUUGGAAGAAGAUGGUCUCAAUGAUAUUGUUUAUUUAACUCAGUCUCUAAAAGUGCUGCAAGUGUCCGAUUGUGGUAACAUUAACGAUCAAGGUUUAAUGGUGAUUGGAAAGUUGAAAAACUUGGAACUGCUUAAAAUCUAUCAUAUGCCCGCUGUAAAAAAUAUGGAAAAUGUUAAAAAUCAAUUGCAAGAAAUGUUACCAAAUUGCAUUAUGGACAUAAAGAAAUAAUUUUUAAAAAUUUGCAGCAAGUUGCAAAGAUGACUUAAUUGAAAGAAAGUUGGCUUUCAAACUUAUGUCUAUGACAAGUUAAGAUAGGAUUAAAGUAUCUCAAUGAAGCUAAGGAAAUUAG